AUGUUCAGUGACACCGGUCACGUGACAUCUGCUUCCGACCUUUUCUACAAGAAGUUUGCCGCAGAGCAAAAUGUGCCGUCGUUGGUGGCCAUCAUAAACUAUAAGGACGUGAACAUCCGGGAACAAACAGAGCUCACAUAUCCUGCGCUCAUAUAUCCUGCGCUCGUAUAUCCUGCGCUCGUAUAUCCUGCGCUCACACAUCCUGCGCUUACACAUCCUGCGCUCACACAUCCUGCGCUCACACAUCCUGCGCUCACACAUCCUGCGCUCACACAUCCUGCGCUCGCACAUCCUGCGCUCGCACAUCCUGCUUUCACAUAUCCUGCGCUCACAUAUCCUGCGCUCACAUAUCCUGCGCUCACACAUCCUGCGCUCACAUAUCCUGCGCUCACAUAA